GUUGUUAGGCUUUGAUUGGCCCUUGGCAACAUUUAUAAACCAUUACCGUCCCCUUUGGCAUCAUAGUUGUUGUUCAACAUGGUGACUGCACAGGUCUUUCUGAGGGUGUCUCUCUUUGCCUUGCUGCUUGUGGCUGUUCAUGGCUCUCCAAUAAAAGGUUCAAAAUCCCAAAGCCAGGGUAGACCCAGUGACUCAAGUGGUGAUGAUGAUGGCUCUCACCAGGGAUCCGCCACUGGCUACUCUGCACCUGUAUUUUACAGCACAUAUGGAGGUGUUUCUAAGCCAGUGGGUCAAUAUCUAGGUCCACCCCAGUAUUAUCAGGCCCAGCCAAUGCCUAUUGCACUGAGCUCAGUUGUGCCUGGUGUAGGAUAUACCACUGGUUUUGGCUUUGUGCCUGUUCAAGCAGGAUCUGUUGCAGGAUAUGUCACUGAUGCUUCUGCACCUCUUCCUGUUGGCUCCUUUGUGCCUCUUCAAGCAGGAUAUGCUGCCAUUCCUCCACAGGCUGGAACUCGGGCUAACUUGCCUGAGAUGGAGUUGGUUAUUGCACCUCAAGCUUUUGAGGAAGCUACAACAAACACCCAGCCUCGAGGCUUGAGCAUUGUUGGGCCACCACUCCCUCCAACACCUUCUACACCGACCCUUCAGUCUGGAGAAAUGUCUAAUGUUGUGAAGGAGGCUGAGUUUGGGAAUUACCAGCAGCAAAUGGAGGCGUUUGGUUACCCAUCUGACCAUGUGGGGCCUGGUCUUCCACCUGUUGCCCUGCUAGCUUCUGGUGUGGGUGGCUUGUUGAGCUUCCCUUCUCCCUACUGUCUUCCUUACCCCUUUCCCUACCCUUACCCUGAUUUUGACUACAGGCUCUUGUAUGGACAGUACCCUCCUGGCACCUACACUACCUUCAGCAAAAACCAUGAGAAGGGCAAAGAGUACCAGACCAUCCACUACCUGAAAGAACAUGGCUCUGAUGCUCCACAGAACCCUGCCCCUCAGUAGCAGCAGCAACGGCUCUAAGAUGCCCCGUUAAGGUCUUGGUACUAAAUAUGACAAAGCUUAACUGGGUUUUCUCUUGUAGAUGGUGUCUUAAGGAUGUACUACAUCUUUUAAUAAACUUUUCCUCCAACA